GACCAAUCGGACUCAAACGUAGUUCGUGGGGGUAACAAGGUGGCUGUGCGAUGGACUCCCCAUGAAGGCAUGGGCAUGGGCUACGUGCAGCUCCUCAUUGUUGUCUUUACAGACACCACCAACGACAAUGAAGCUCACUUCGCUCAUCAUCCUCGCACUGGGUUGCUGGCAGCUCUCUGCAGGACUUGCGUAUCCUGCUGGAAACCAACAAGGUGGUGGAUAUCCUCCUUGGUCGUACCACCCUUCCUUGGGAACGUCUUGGAAACCCAGCGAGAACCACCAAACCAUGACUAGGGAUCCCCAAGCCCAGGACAAGGGCAAAGGAAAGAUCGCGACAACGAUCCGCCCCCACCACAUCUGCAAUGGCCAGAGCACUGGGAUGUCCGGCACCUGCAUCAAAAUGGGGGCACUCAAGAUUAUGAACCCUGGAGGCAUCAUUAUCCGUCAGACUGGUCCUUUUCAUUGCCUGACGGGUCUCCUAAUCAGCAAAACGAUUGGCAGGACGAUCAGCACGAAGAUCAACACCACGACCGACACCACGAUCAACACCACGAUCUGUUCAACGAUCAGCCCAUUGGUCAGCAUCAUGAUCAGCACCACGAUCAGCACCAUCAUCAACACCAUGAUCAGCACUUACACCGAUCGUUGA